AUGCCGCCUAAGAGGGAUGUUCAGAAGCAACUUGAUGAUCAAGCAGAAGCUUUUCGUGAUGCUACGGCUGAUCUUCGCCAUGAAUUCCGAGAAACCUUACAGGUUUUGAUUGAAGCAGCAAUGCGCACGGUGCGGGAAGCACAGCCCCAAGCCCCACAACGUCAACGUCGCCAGGAACAAGACCUUGCAGAGGAGGAAGAUGACGAUCUUGCCGAUGAGAACCCUUUUGCGGGACUGCAAGAGCAGAAAAUCCUACCACAAAAUCGUGAUGUGAUGGCAGCCCCUCGGGGUAAAAAUCGCAACUGGGAAUCUGGGUUUCGACUGGAGUUGCCUGAAUUUACUGGUAGUCUAAAGCCAGAUGAGCUCCUUGACUGGAUCAGCUCGUUGGAAGAACUCCUUACGUUCAAACAGGUGCCUGAUGUGAUGCGUGUACCGUUAGUGGCUACUCGCUUCAAGGGAAGGGCGUCAGCCUGGUGGCAACAGGUCAAAGAACAGAGAGCCCGAGCAGGCAAAGAGCGUUUGAAUUCAUGGGAGAAACUCAAACGGAUGCUUCGCAAGUCGUUCCUCCCUUAUAAUUACACACGUACGGUGUAUAACCAAUUACAGAAUUUGAGACAAGGAAGUAAAACCGUGGAUGAUUAUGCGUCGGAAUUUUUCACCCUUCUCUCACGUAAUACACUUCUGGAAACACAUGACCAACUGGUCUCACGCUUCAUUGGCGGAUUACGGCAACAAAUACAGAACAAUCUCUUGUUGUUCAAUCCAAAUAGUGUGUCGGAAGCUCAUCAACGGGCCAUAUUGAUCGAACAAAACAUCCGUUCUCAAGCUACUUGGCAAUCCACCGGCGGACGAGCUCGUACAAAUUCAACGGCAGAAUCCGCAACAACUACUCUUGACCCGCUGACCAAAGAAAAGCCUGCUCCCGUGCCAGACCAGGCUCAAAGAACGGCGCGACCCGCUACCUUUAAGUGCUUUAAUUGUGGAGAGAUUGGUCAUCGCCAAAACUCGUGUCCCAAGCGUGCCUUGAUCACUAAUGAUGAACCUAUUUAUGAUGAGGAAGAGGUGUUGGAAGACGAAACAAAACAAGAGGAACUUGUCAAUGGGGAUAUCGGCCAGCUGCUAGUACUUCGUCGCAAUCUGUUGAGCCCCCAAGGGAUACAAGAAUCGUGGCUCUGCACAAAUAUUUUUCACUCAUCUUGCACAAUACGCGGAAAGGUUUGUAGGUUCAUGAUAGACUCUGGGAGUUGCACCAAUGUUAUUUCAGAGGAAGCAGUAGCCAAGCUAGCAUUGUUCGCGGAACCGCACCCCAACCCUUAUAAGCUAGUAUGGCUCAACAAGCAAACAGAUAUUCGUAUUUCUCGACAGUGCAAAGUUCCUUUCUCAGUAGGAGCAACUUACAACGAUCUGCCGACCUGUGACGCUGUCCCCAUGGACGCAUGCCACAUGUUACUCGGUAGACCAUGGCAGUAUGACCGUCACACUACACAUGAUGGACGUGCAAAUACUUACUCAUUCUCUUUCGAGAAUAGGCGCAUCAUCUUGGUACCAUCACGUGAUUCUGUUCCUACUACUGCAACACCAGCCAUCACGCCGACGCCUUCACCACCAACUCCUCCAACUCGUUCAGUAUUCCUGCUUUCGAAGUCAGAGUUCACAGAAGAAUUGCGAACAUCUGAGAUGGUAUUGGUUCUCGUUGCUCCCACUCCGACGUCACCUAUAUUUUUUCCAGUCCCUAUUGAGUUUCAGUCACUGGUUCAAGAAUUUAUAGACGUGUUUCCGGAUGAACUCCCGGCGGGUUUGCCGCCGCUCCGCGAUAUACAACAUCGCAUUGAUCUCGCUCCUCAGUCUCCGCUCCCUAAUCGCCCUCACUACAGGAUGAGCCCACAGGAGCAUGACGAAUUGCGGCGACAGGUUGAGGACCUGCUGGCUAAAGGCUAUGUUCGUGAAAGUUUAAGCCCAUGCGCGGUCCCAGCCUUAUUGAUUCCAAAGAAAGACGGUUCGUGGCGUAUGUGUGUGGAUAGCAGAGCGAUCAAUAAGAUAACGGUGCGUUAUCGUUUUCCUAUUCCACGCCUGGACGACCUUCUUGAUCAAAUCGGAUCAGCGACUAUAUUUACAAAGUUGGAUCUCAAGAGCGGUUACCACCAGAUUCGUAUCCGGCCAGGAGAUGAAUGGAAAACAGCUUUUAAGACGCGUGAAGGUCUCUUUGAGUGGAUGGUCAUGCCUUUUGGCUUGUCUAAUGCCCCUAGCACGUUCAUGCGUGUAAUGAAUCAAGCCUUGAGGCCCUUUAUUGGACGAUUUGUGGUUGUCUAUUUUGACGACACUCUGAUUUUCAGCUCCUCUCUGGCUGAUCACUUGGGUCAUCUUUGUGAUGUGUUGCUGGUUCUUCGAUGAGAGAAAUUAUUUGCCGCAACCAAAAAGUGCUCCUUUGGUGUAGCAGAAGUACUUUUCUUGGGUUACAUCAUCUCUGGUCGUGGCUUGAAGGUUGAUAACUCUAAGGUCGAAGCAAUACGAAAUUGGCCGACGCCUAAGUCAGUUACUGAUGUUCGAAGCUUUCAUGGGUUGGCCUCAUUUUAUAGACGUUUUGUGGCACACUUCAGCAGCAUAAUGUCACCUAUAACCAAUUGUAUCAAGCUGAGUCAGUUUUUGUGGUCACCUGCGGCAGAAGAGGCGUUCCAGAAAAUAAAGAACAAACUCACUACAGCUCCCGUCCUGGCCUUACCCAACUUUGCCAUUCCAUUUGAGCUCCAUUCAGAUGCCUCCAAAACUGGCAUUGGGGCUGUUUUAAGCCAACAUGGCAAGCCUAAUGCGUUCUUCAGUGAGAAGAUUGCGGGAUCUCGAGGGCGCUAUAGUACUUAUGAUGUUGAGCUAUAUGCUGUGGUUCAAGCCGUCAAACAUUGGCGUCACUACCUUUUUCAUCGUGAGUUUGUUUUGUUUACAGAUCAUGAUGCCUUGAAACAUAUGGGAUCGCAGGAAAAGGUUUCAGCUCGCCAUGCGUCUUGGUUUGCGUAUGUCGAGCAAUUUACGUUUGUAAUCAAGCAUAAGGCGGGGGUUCUAAAUAAGGUUGCAGACGCUCUGAGUCGACGUCAAACACUUCUUACGACAUUGCACACUUCUGUUCCCGGUUUUCAUGUCUUGCCGGAGCUUUAUCCUACCGACGUUGUUUUUGGUAAGGUGUGGUCGGAUGCUUCUGAGGGGCGUUGUCCUGAUUAUUUUGUACUCGAUGGUUUCCUCUUUCGUGGUACACGUCUGUGCAUUCCAGAGUGCAGCCUUCGGUUGCAGAUAAUUAAAGAGUUACAUGAAGAAGGGCACGUUGGAAGAGAUCGGACACUCCACUUGGUUUCAUCAUCUUAUUACUGGUCGUCUUUGCGUCGCGACGUCGAACGCUAUGUCCAGCGCUGUGUUGUUUGUCAGGCCUCCAAGGGACAUGCCACCAACGCCGGUCUCUAUUUGCCACUUCCUAUUCCAUCACAGCCGUGGUCUGACAUCAGUGUUGACUUCGUUCUGGGUCUGCCUCGAACGCAACGGGGGCAUGAUUCUAUCAUGGUCGUGGUCGAUCGAUUUUGUAAGAUGGCUCGGUUUGUUCCUUGUAAAAAGUCUACUGAUGCGACUCAGGUGGCUGGGCUCUUCUUUCGCGAAAUUUAUAAACUCCACGGUUUGCCACAGUCUAUUGUGUCAGAUCGUGAUUCACGGUUCUUGAGUCACUUCUGGAGAUCUCUUUGGAAACUUCUGCGCACUAGUUUGGACAUGAGUUCUGCAUACCAUCCUCAAACAGAUGGCCAGACCGAGGUCACUAAUCGAGCAUUGGGUGAUUUAUUGCGUUGCCUUGUUGGUGAUAAUAUAAAGUCUUGGGAUUCUGUUUUAUGUCAAGCUGAAUUUGCUCACAAUCAUGCAACUAAUCGCAGUACUGGUUUCAGUCCAUUUCACGUUGUCUUUGGAUUGGUUCCUCGUGGGCCUUUGGACCUUUCUCUUGCACCGGACAGGUCUCGCUUCUAUGGUCGUGCCUGUGAUCUCGUCGAUGCUUUCGUGGAACUUCACAGGUCAGUUCGUGAUAAUUUGGAGGCAGCAACAGCAAAGUACAAGACUGCAGUGGAUUCUCAUCGUCGCGAGCUUCAGUUCAAUGUUGGCGACAAGGUGUGGGCAGUGUUGACAAAGGAUAGGUUCCCUCCUGGAACUUACAACAAGUUGAAACCUCGUAAAAUUGGGCCUUUGACAAUUCUGGAAAAGAUCAACCGACUUCAACUUCCUGCUACUAUGAACACUGCAGACGUUUUCAAUGUGAAGCAUCUUACUCCAUUUCAUGCAGCUGACGAUGUGGAAAAUUCAGGGACAAUUUUUUUCUUAGCUGGGGGAACCUGAUGUAGCAUAUCUUUGCUUGGAGAACAAGUUACUUUUUUGUCGGUGAUUUUAUUUACUUUUAUUGCUAUCGAAAGGUUUGGAGUAAUGUUCCAAUUCUUUCACGUCUUUUAUUUUAGAUAAGUCCUUUUUCCUUUUUGGUGUUAUCUUUAGACUAAUAUAUAUAGAGAACGUUUGUGUUCUUCUAUAUUCGGUUUUUGAUUAAAAAAGUUAUUGAGACU